AUGUCUGCUCAGGUGGUCGCAGUUGAUGUGGGUGAGUUCGGCAGCACAAACUUGCCAUCUCGACGUGGACAUGCAUUGAGCUCCUGUGCCCUUGAGCUGCGGGCGCCCUGGUCAACGCCAGCGAACGUCAGCGGCAAGGAAGAGAACGUGGCACAAGAUAUUGUUGCCUCUCUUACCUCCCCAUCCACCUCCCCAUCCACCUGCAUAUCCUCUGCAGCUGGCCGCUACACUGGCGGAAUCAGUCGCUUGGCAGUUGACCUCAAACUGUCCACCACCCGCCUCCUCUUCAAGCUCUGCCUCCCAAAGACAAGCUGGCCCAACUUGAUAGUGACAGCCGGUUAUCAAGUCGUGCCCAACGACACUACCUCGUUCUCCACCUCCAGUGGCAGUCCUAGACGCCACACGCAUAAAAAAGGCGUCCAGGCGAACCAUGGAGGUGAUGGAGGGGGUCAGCGCGAAGAGUGGCGAGGAGGACAGGGGGGCGGGGGAGGGCCAUCACAGCGAUUCCAAACCGAGCCCAGCGAAGCUUCCGAAUAUUGGGCAUGCCCAUUCUACAAGUUCGACCCUAUAAGGCACUGGCGCUGCUAUCGGAAAUACAAUCUCAAACGGCUGGCCGAUGUCAAAUCCCACGUCAUGCGAGUCCAUCUCAUGAGCGAACUCUACUGUCCGAAUUGCUUCCAAGAAUUCGUCGAUACGCAGGAAUGGCGCCAGCAUUGCAGCCACCCGGUGUUUGCCUGUCCUCAGGUCCAGGGGCCUGAGCCCCUUUUUCGGGAGGAUUUCGAUGCCCUCGGCGAUGUGUUGGCAUCCGCGCAGGGGUUAAGCGAGGCAGACAAAUGGUACCUGAUGUUCGACCAUAUCUUCCCCGCUGCUGUCUGGCACCGUCCAGCUUCUCCCUUCGUAAGCUUAUCUUUCGACGAGCCACUCGGGGUUAUGCGCGCGCAUGCAUCCAGACAGGAACAGCUGCACCGGAGCAUUCUAUCAGUGCUCCAGCGUCAUCAGAUCCCCCUUGGAGGAAUGUCCGGGCCGAAUGCGCUGCAAGUUGAUCUCAUGAAUGCAGUGCUCCCUACGUCAGCAUCGGCCAUAACGACAACUCCGCCGUACCAGCGAGCGGUUCAUCCAUCUCGACUUGGUUCUUGGCAUUUUGGAAACCCUUGA